CAUUUAUUAGCACAGUCAGUGUUUGAACGUCUAGUGGGUAAGUUGUACCUUACCUUACCUUUGCUUGUGAAUUGAUUCGACACACAAAAACGUUUAAAACCCGAGCAACAUCAUAAAUAAAGUGUAUUAUUUUUUUUUAAUUGAUUUUAAGUUUUAUAUUGACAGAUAAACUAUUAAUUCAUUUCGUUCGAAUCUUACUAACAACAUUUUUAUCAUGAGUGAAAGCUUAUUAACUGAUAAGACUGGCAAUAGCAGCGAGAGAAAUUGUGAACCCAAAAAAAGCCCUGAAAGUAUCGACAUGGAAGCUGCUGAGUUCAAAGAUUUUGCGAAGUCUAUGAUUGAUUACAUUGCGGAAUAUCUGGAAAACAUCAGAGACAGGCGUGUACUACCUGAGGUGAAGCCUGGUUAUCUGAGACCUUUAAUCCCCGACAAUGCUCCCCUAAAGCCCGAUUCUUGGGAAGAUGUUAUGUCUGAUAUCGAGCGAGUUAUAAUGCCAGGCGUUACUCAUUGGCACAGUCCCAAAUUUCACGCAUAUUUUCCAACUGCAAAUUCCUAUCCAGCAAUUGUAGCAGACAUGCUGAGUGGAGCCAUUGCAUGCAUUGGUUUUACUUGGAUUGCCAGUCCAGCUUGUACUGAACUUGAAGUAGUGAUGUUGGACUGGUUAGGCAAAAUGCUCGACCUUCCAGCUGAAUUCCUAGCCUGCUCAGGUGGUAAGGGAGGUGGUGUCAUUCAAGGUACUGCGAGUGAAGCUACUUUGGUGGCUCUUCUUGGCGCAAAAGCCAAGAAAAUUUUAGAAGUUAAAGAACAACAUCCUAAUUGGGAUGAAAACACCAUUAUUUCCAAAUUGGUUGCAUACAGUUCUGCUCAAGCUCAUUCAUCUGUGGAGAGGGCAGGACUUUUAGGUGGAAUUAAAUUGAAGUCUAUACCAGCUGAUAAAAACAAUAGAUUAAGAGGUCCAGCUUUAGAAGAAGCUAUCAAAAAGGAUAUUGAUGAUGGUCUUAUUCCGUUUUAUGUCGUUGUUACUCUUGGAACAACUAACUCAUGCGCAUUCGACAAUUUAGAAGAAUGUGGACCAAUUGGAAACAAGUAUAAUGUUUGGAUUCAUGUGGAUGCGGCCUAUGCUGGUUCUGCAUUUAUCUGCCCAGAAUACCGACACUUAAUGAAAGGAAUUGAGACGGCUGAUUCGUUUAACUUCAACCCGCACAAAUGGAUGCUUGUUAAUUUCGAUUGCAGUGCCAUGUGGCUAAAGGAUCCUAGUUGGUUGGUUAACGCAUUCAAUGUUGACCCUCUUUAUCUUAAACAUGAUAUGCAGGGGUCUGCUCCAGAUUAUCGUCAUUGGCAAAUUCCUCUGGGUCGUCGUUUUAGAGCUCUAAAAAUCUGGUUUGUCUUGCGUCUUUAUGGAGUAGAAAAUAUUCAAGCCCACAUCAGGCGGCAUUGUGAAUUUGCAAAAUAUUUCGAAAAGCUUUGUGUAGAAGACUCUCGUUUUGAAAUUGUUGGUGAAGUGAACAUGGGCUUAGUUUGCUUUAGAUUAAAAGGACCAAAUGAAAGGAACGAAGUUCUUUUAAAGAGAAUUAAUGGCCGCGGUAAUGUGCACAUGGUUCCAUCGAAAAUAGGUGAUGUAUAUUUCCUCCGGAUGGCAAUUUGCUCACGUUUUACACAGACUUCAGACAUUGAAUAUACAUGGAAGGAAAUCAGUGAUGCAGCAAAUGAAAUUUUGAAAAAUUAAUUAUAUAUGAUAUUGUAUUAUUAUUACUACCUACUAUACUAUCGGGACCAAAUGACGUGCUUAUAUUGAUGUGCUUAAAUUCAUUCCUAAUGACAUACAACUUUAACUUAUUAAAAAUGUUUAAGUAUUGUUAAACUUUAUAAAUAUAAGAAUAAUAAAUGCAAUUUAUGGGUUAUGUUCAAGAACCUAUCGGAAA